AUGGCGCGGUUGCUGGGGUUGAUCGUGCUCUUUCUGCCGUUUUUUGCUCUAUCUUGUGUUGCGAAAGCUGGUUGGGUUGAUCGCGCAGUCUAUCGCAAGGAUGAAAGCACCCAAGACCACCCUCAUCGAUCCUGGCAAGACUGGACCACAGCUCAGGUGUCUACGUCGACCUCAUCGACCUCAUCCACUGAUGGCUCAACCUCGUCUGGUAUCCAGUCUUCCGACAGUUCAACUGCGUCUUCUGAUUCCAGGCAAACCUCAGCAGGCACAUGGUCUUCUAAUCUUUCUUCCACUUCCUCACCGACUUCUGGUUCAUUGACUUCGUCCUCAUCCUCAUUCUCGGACACGGGAGGCAGUGCCUCAGCCUCAUCAUCGUCCGCUUCGGUUUCGACGACCACAACAUCUACACAAGAGACAUCUGGAUCAAGCGAAGGUAGCUCUAAUUUGAGUCCCUCAACGUCGUCUAGCAGCCCUAUGAGUCAGGGCGACACUUUCAGUACGUCUUCGACAAGUUCGGGCGAAUCAAGCCAGAAUCAGGCAUCUACUUCGACUUCUAGUUCGACUGUUCAGGAUAACUCCAACGCACAAACUACAAGUUCGAGACAACUCAAGUACGCAAAGCUUGACUUCAAGUACAGAACAGUCCGGUCAGAAUCAGGCGACGUCUUCGACCUCUCAGGACAACUCAAAUACACAAAGCUCAAGUCCGAGUACAGAACAGUCGGGUCAGAGUCAGACAUCAACUUCGACCUCUACUUCGACUUCCCAGGACAACUCAAAUACACAAAGCUCGACCUCGAGCGCGGACCUGUCGGGCUCAUCAUCAAGCACAAGUGGAACUUCGUCUAG